UAAUUGUUCCCAACAGAUAUUCAAAUAAAGUAUAUUCUCCUUCUUUUUGUGAGUCCUGAGAAUUAAUGCCAAUCCUUCUUGUCACUGCAUCAGGAUCGUUUUGAGACAGUCUGGUUCCAUGCUCUGCUAGAGGAGUAGUUUUCCUCUUUUUCAUAGCUUUAAUCGGGUUUUCCUCCCCAAUUGUGCCUCUUUGGAGAACACUCUUGUGAUUUGUUUGAGUAAAUUCCUCUUCUGAUUCACCUUCAGAGACUGCAUCCUUAAUUAGUUCAGACAUUGAUGGAUUUCUUAGUAAAAUGUUAAAAUUAAUUAAUUAA